AUAUACAUAUUCCACUCCCUCUUCUCUCUUCAAAGUUUCCACCAUAUUCUCCCUAUUUCUCCUCUCGAAAAGCUGCAUCACAACAACAAAACACACCAUUCAUUCAUAUUUUCAGCUCCAUUUUUCUGCCAAAUAAAAAGAAAGAGAAGGGGGACAAAAAGGGCAAAACAAGAUGUUGAGGGUUGCUGCUAGGAGGCUUUCUUCUCUCUCCUCGUCUCCGUGGAGUCCCAGCCACGCCGCCGCCUCCGCCUGCCUCUCUCGUAACUCCGUCGUCGAUAGCCACAGAUCCGACCCAGGCUCUCAUUUCCUUCUUCCCUUCAGAGGUUUUGCUAAUGAAUCAGUGAUCGAUACAAGAGAAAACAGCAUAUUUCCUGAGAUUCCCGCAACCAUUGCUGCUGUCAAGAACCCUAGUGCUAAGAUUCUUUAUGAUGAGCACAACCAUGAACGAUUUCCCCCAGGUGACCCAAACAAGAAGGCAUUCGCCUACUUUGUCCUUACAGGUGGCAGGUUUGUUUAUGCCUCUCUGGUCCGUCUCCUUGUACUCAAGUUUGUGCUUAGCAUGUCUGCUAGUAAGGAUGUUCUUGCUCUUGCUUCGCUUGAGGUCGAUCUCUCCAGCAUUGAGCCCGGCACUACAGUGACUGUUAAGUGGCGUGGAAAGCCGGUAUUCAUCAGGCGGCGAACAGAGGAUGAUAUUAACCUGGCAAAUAGUGUUGAUGUUGGAUCCCUUCGUGAUCCACAACAGGAUUCCGAUAGAGUCAAGAACCCAGAAUGGCUCGUUGUGAUUGGGGUCUGCACACAUCUGGGUUGCAUUCCAUUGCCAAAUGCUGGUGACUAUGGUGGAUGGUUUUGCCCAUGCCACGGUUCCCAUUAUGAUAUUUCUGGCAGAAUUAGGAAAGGACCAGCACCAUACAAUCUGGAGGUUCCCACUUACACUUUCUUGGAGGAAAACAAGUUGUUAAUUGGUUGAAACUUGAAAAUGAUGGCUUUGUCCUGAUUACAAUUUUUUGUGAUGGUUUUGCAUCCUGGUGGGAUGAGUUUACAGUUUCUUUUUUAUUGCAUAAUGUUAAAAUGUACCUUUUGGGCGUUUUUUUUGACCUUUCAAGUCCUUGGGUACUGUCCAGGAAGUGGUUUUUGUAUGUCGGAAUUUGUAACUAUUACUGUUUGGCGCGACUUUUACCAAUAAUCGCCUUUCUUUUGCUUAGGUUUGAGCUGCUACUUGGUAGUUGGUACCCCAUCUGAAUGAAUUUCACUGGUGUUAUUGAGGGACU